CGUACCCGGCGUGCGCGCGCGGAGCGGGUCUGUGGGGACAGUGCUGCCCGGGAGGUAAUCUGGAGUUCUCAAAAUGUUUGCCAAAGCAACAAGGAAUUUUCUUAGAGAAGUUGAUGAUGGAGGGAACCUGAUUGCGGUAUCAAACCUGAACGACUCUGAUAAGUUACAACUUCUAAGUCUGGUGACCAAGAAAAACAGAUUCUGGUGCUGGCAGAGACCCAAAUACCAGUGUUUAUCCGUCACCCUUGGAGAUGUGCUUACAGAAGGCCAAUUUCUGAGUCCAGUGGUCGUGGAGUCGGACUUUGUGAAAUACGAGGGCAAGUUUGAAAACCAUGUGAGUGGGACCAUCGAGACGGCAUUGGGGAAGGUCAAGCUGAAUGUUGGAGGCAAAGGCCUGGUGCAGAGUCAGUCCUCGUUUGGAAGCCUGAGGAAGCAGGAGGUGGACCUGCAGCAGCUCCUUGGACACGCUGUGGACAGAACGAUCAAUCUGAAAAGCCCUGUGCUGCAGCAGGUGCUGGAGAGGCAGAACGAGGUCCUGUGUGUCCUGACACAGAAGAUCGUGACGACGCAGAAGUGCGUGAUAUCCGAGCACGUCCAGGUCGAGGACAAGUGCGGCGGCAUGGUGGGGAUACAGACCAAGACUGUGCAGGUGUCAGCUACGGAGGAUGGGACCAUCAGCAAGGACAGCAACGUGGUGCUGGAGAUCCCGGCUGCCACCACCAUCGCCUACGGCGUCAUCGAGCUGUACGUGAAACUGGACGGCCUGUUUGAACUCUGCCUCCUGCAAGGGAAGCAUGGUGGCUUUGAGCGCGAGAGGAGAAGCGACAGCGACGCUAUGUUCCUGGAGACCCUGCCCUUUCGAGAGUUUGCAUUUCGGGACAUGCCAGACGGCGGGCAGGUGCCGUCUGCUCCAGAUGGACCACUGAGUGUUUUAAAACAAGCGACUCUGCCCCUGGAGAGGAAUUUCCACCCCUUUGUGCAGCUGCCGGAGCAGCAGCGGACGGCGCUGAGCGGCGUCCUCCAGGCGGUGCUGUUUGAUGAGGAGCUGCUCCUGGUCCUGGAACAAGUGUGUGACGACGUGGUCUGUGGCCUGUCACCCUCACUGGCGACACUGGGGGAGCUGAAGCCCCCACAGAGGCAGAACCUCACGGCCUUCCUGCAGCUGGUGGGGUGCAGUGUGCAGGGCGGACGUCUGGGCCUGGAGGGUGCGGGCAGCAAGCAGCAGCUCUUUUCUACGGCCUACUUCCUGGUCAGCGCGCUGGCAGAAAUGCCAGACAACACAGCAACUCUGCUGGGCACCUGCUGGGAACUCCAGGUUAUUCCUACUCUGUGUCACCUGCUCCGCGCCCUGUCCGCUGAUGGAGAAUCUGAUCUUGAAGACUCAGCCCUGGCCCCUCUGAGGGAUGCAGGGAGGUUUGGGAUCGUGCAGCACCUGCUUGCCACAGCCGACAUUCAGCUGGAAAGACGCCAGUCGUCCGUCAGAGCUGUCACCUGCAGAGUCCCGAACGUUUUCCCACUCAUUCUUUACAUAAGCCUGCAUGGACUCCGCGCUUUAGGCAGAGCUCGUCAAUAACGUCACAGGCGAAUCCCAAGGACACGUUGCCAGCCAAGGCUGCGGACUUUUCAGCAUCGUUAAGGUACUACUUUGGGGCUUAGGUCAAAGCCAAGUUAAAAGUUGAUCAAGGAAAUGAAUUUGCAAGAAUUCAAGCAGCAGUGACUUUUUGCACCGUGUAUCACCUCGAGGUUAGCCACCAGGGUGCGAGCUAAACUCCAGCACCUGCGGAGCUGGACGAGGGCUGAGGAGUCUAAGCCAGCACACACUGACUUUUCUCCCUGCAGAAAAAUGGCUCAUCUAUCACUUGUAUUUCCCACUUUCUUCCUGUUAUACAAAAGCAGAUGGGUCUGAGACUUUGAUCCAAAAAUUCACUUUAAAUCUUGAAUGCUGUGGGAAAGCGAUUUCUUUUCAUUGAAGGCUACGUUAUGGACGUGCUGGAAGCUCUGCAGGACAGAAAUGAACCAUGAAUACCACUGGAGCACACAUAUUCUCCUAAAUAAAAUUACACUAAAAAGCCCAAGAGUGGGCCCGCUUCCUUAGGGGCCUGGCUCCAUGCAUUUUAUUUGCCUUUGCCACGCUUCGGGGAACAGGCUAAUUCUGUCGAGAACAACGUGCCGAUCUCCCUUGC